ACAGAGAACUCAUAAAACACACCUGAAGGAGACAGAAGCAGCCAGACUGAGGGUGCACGGUGCACAGUACGCAGAACCCCCCCAAACAAGAAGAGCCACCACAAUAGGAUGGUUUUAUGGAGGAGCCUAGACUCACGGCUGCUACUACUGCUCCCAUUUCUGGGUUCACUCUUCGUUGCAUCAUCCAUAGAUGUCCACAUAUCCGUUUGCAACUGUAAUGGCCAUUCCCAGCGUUGUGUGUUUGACCCAGAACUGCAGGCGCAGACAGGCUCUGGGUUCCGCUGCAUAGACUGCAAUGGAGGCACAGAUGGUCCAAACUGUGAGAGAUGCAAAGAUGGGUACUACCCACAACUGGAUGGCGCCUGUGCAGCCUGUGACUGCUAUGCUAAAGGUUCUCUAAGCUCUCAAUGUGAUAACUACGGACGAUGUAGCUGUAAGCCUGGCGUGAUGGGUGAGAAGUGUGACCGAUGCCAGCCUGGCUUCCAUUCACUCACUGAGGCUGGCUGCAGGAGACAAGGUUGUCAGUGUGACCCGGCAGGCAGCAGCCAGGGAUGCGACAGUGGAGGAAAUUGUAUUUGCAAAACCCAAGUCAUUGGAGAGAGUUGUGACAGGUGUAAGCCUGGAUACUAUAACCUGCAGGCCGGGCGAUCGGAGGGAUGCUUGCAGUGUUUUUGCUAUGGACAUUCGGCGAUAUGCAGCAGCAGUGACUACAGCAGGAGUGACAUCACAACUUCUUUCGAGAAAGGUGUUGAGGGCUGGACAGCAGCUCUAAAAGAUGGCUCCCCUGCUUCAGUCCCUGUCCGCAUGUCUCGCCAUCAUAAAGAGGUGUACCUCGCCUCACGACAGCUGGAACCACUCUACUUCAGUGCCCCAGGCGCGUUCUUAGGAGAUCAGUCUCGGAGUUAUGGACAGAUGUUCUCCAUCAGUUUCCGUGUGGAUCGAGGGCGUCACAGAGCUGGUGCUGAAGACUUAAUCCUAGAAGGAGGAGGCUUGAGAGUAACAGCGCCACUUACUACAUCCAAAACGUCCCUGCCCUGCAGGAUACCUCAAACAUACACCUUCAGAUUGGAUGAACUCUCUUUCAGCCCAUGGACUCCCAAAAUCAGUCAUUAUGAUUUUCGUCGUCUGUUAAGCAAUGUGACGUCCCUAAAGAUUCGUGCUACUUAUGGAGAAUACAGCACAGGAUACCUGCAAAGUAUUACUCUUGUCUCUGCCCGUCUUGGCCCUGGGGAUUCGGCUCCUUGGGUGGAGAAAUGUGAUUGCCCUGCUGGCUAUAUAGGUGACUCCUGUGAGCAGUGCGCCCAAGGAUACUACAGAGAAUCUCCAGCACUUGGGGCAUUCAGCCCAUGUGUUCCCUGUAGAUGCCAAGGAGGAGGCAGAUGUGACCCAGAAACUGGUGACUGUUAUUCUGGUGAUGAAAAUCAGAACAUUGACUGUGCUGACUGCCCACAUGGACAGUAUAAUGACCCCCGGGACCCCCAGAGAUGCUUGCCAUGUCCUUGUAGACCUGGCAUAGGAUGCUUAUUGUCUCCUGAGACUCAGGAACCCACGUGUGAUCACUGCCCUGUAGGCCUAAGUGGUCCUCGCUGUGAAAUGUGUGCAGAUGGAUAUUUUGGAGAUCCUGAGGGAGAACGUGGACCUCGACGUCAGUGUAGGCCUUGUGCAUGUAACAACAAUAUAGACCCAAAUGCAGCGGGAAACUGUGACAGAGUGACCGGAGAGUGCUUGAAAUGUAUUCAUAACACAGCUGGAUUACACUGUGACCGCUGCAGAGAAGGGUACUUUGGGGACCCUUUGGAUCCAAACCCUGAAGGCAAAUGUAAAGCUUGUUCCUGUCAUCCAAUCGGUUCCCAACAGCCAAGCUGUCAGAAGGGAAGCACCUGCGUGUGCAAACCUGAUUUUUAUGGCGACAACUGUGAUCAGCCGCAAUGCCCUAGCUGUUAUUCUCAAGUCAGCAACAAGAUGACUUUGUACAGAAGACAGCUCCAGGGCCUCAUAGGUGGUGCCAAUGGCCAAAGCCAGGCGACAGAUACACGUUACUUAGAGGAACAAAUGAGAAGAGCCGAGGAGGCAUCUACAGCCAUGCUAAGGGAUUCCGAAUCCACUCAUGGUGCCGAGCUAUCCCUGCAAAGACAGAUGUCUGGGCUGCAGGGGAUACAGGCAGAGACCCAGAAUGACCUUGAGCGAGUGCAGAUGAAGCUACAGGGUGCACAGUCUCAGUCCAGCCAGUACCAGAGCCAGUUACAGGACUUAAAGGGGAAGAUCACAAUUGCAAUACAGCAACUCAACAGCGGCCAAGCUGAAUUAAAUCAACUGACAUUUUCUUCUUUAGAGUCAUCCGGGAAUUCAAACUCUUUCUCACAAAUUGGUCAAGAGGCCCAGACUAUAGCAAACAGACUUUCUCAGGACGCCCAGAUGAUAACACAGGAUGCAGCUGAUGCCCUAGCCGAUACCCAGAGGGCAAUGCAGAUCCUUCGCUCUGGAGAUGUGGACCUCGGUGCUGCAGAGAGACUAAGAGCAAGGUUGGGUGAUAUCCGCACUCAAACUGGAACAAUAGAGAGCGAGGCCAUUCAGGCUGCAGCGGCGGCAGAGAGGUCCUACCAUGAGAGCAUGCAAACAGCCCGGGAGGUGGCACAAGCUUCUCGUUUGGAUCCUCUGGGAAUCCAGGGGGAGAUGGAACGUCUGAGAGGCGAAUCUUUGUCCUUGAGAACUUCAGUGGAAGGAGAAAUAUCUCAGAUCAAGACUCUACAAAGCAAAGUUACUGUCACGGAACAGGAGGUAGAGCAGCAGCUCCGGGAGGGACAAGAGAAACAGCUGAUUGCAGAUCAGCUGUUGUCCCGCGCAAAUGCUGCAAAGAAUAAAGCGGAAAAGGCGAUGCAGACAGGGAACAGCACUUACUAUGCCAUUGAAGAGAUGCUAGGCAGCCUACGGGGGUUUGGAGACACAGUAGGGGACCGGCGCACAGAAGCUGAAGACGCCUUGAGACGUCUCCCAGAGAUCAUGCGCAUGACUCAAGGUGCUGUAGAUACCACAGCAAAAGCAGAAGCCGGUCUCAAGGGGGCAGAGAAGGAUUCUGGCACAGCAAUUGGAAACGCCAGAGAGGCACAAAGUAUUACAACUGCAAUACAACAGGAUAUGAUGCAGAUGGGCCUCGAUGCAAACAGUACAGCUGAAAUGGCCUUGACUUUGGAGCGCGAGUUUGCACAAUUGCGCAAGAUGUUUUCUGGAACAGCUGGAAACUUGGAUGACAGGACUCGGAUAUCAGAUGAAGACAGUGCGGCAGCUCAAAGUAUUGCUGCAAGCGCUCUGGAAGCCGAGGCCAGCGCUGUUGGCACAUUUGGGGCUGUGACAGAGACGCUGAAUGCCCUUGAUCAUGUACUGGGGCUAUUGGACCAGCCUAUAGAAGGCAGUGAAGAAGGGAUACGCGCUCUGGAACUUAGCCUGCGGUCCGCUCGUACAAAGGUCGCGGGGGAGCUCAGGCCAGCUUUGGAGGUGUUGGAAUUGGCAGCUAAAAAUCAGAAACAGGAAAUUCUCUUUUUAGAGACAGAGAUUUUACAAACUGUCAUUGACAUCCAAAACCUGCGUGACAUCCGUAAAGCUCUGCCACCAGGGUGCUACAGUACCUCCGCCAUCGAAAGACCUUAAAAGCACAGUGAUGGUCUGUCAAAGGGGCGCAUGGUCACUCCACCUCACCCAUACUGGGUGCAAUAUGCUGCAGUAUUAAACGGUCACCUAUUGAUGUAUUUUAUUACGGGAAAUCUAUUCUUUUUUGGACGUGGUUGAGAGAGGACUCACUCGUGUAUCAAACCACCUGAAACCAUGAACUUUGCCUCUCUCGUAGAGGCCAUUGCACACCUGCUUCGUACUGUUCCUAUUUAUUUAUUAAUAAAAUCUGAU